AUGGGUUCAUUUUUGGAUAAGCCAAGGACUGAGAAAUUGAACGAACAAGGCGAGGCCCAUGGUGUGAAAUAUGCCGUAGCUGCUAUGCAGGGCUGGCGUACUGACAUGGAAGAUGCACAUACUACUCAGAUUUCAAUGUCAAAUGAGAUGCCUUUUUUGAAUUGGUCAUUUUUUGCCGUUUUUGAUGGACAUGCUGGUUCUAAUAUUGCUCAACAGUCUGCCGAAAAUCUUCUUCAGUAUAUAUUGGCUACUCCGCAAUUUAAAGAAGUCGUUGAAACUCUUAAGAAAAAUGAUGGGAAUAUUAGUGAUGAUGUUUUACAUCAGUUAGAAGCAGGAAUAAAAACUGGUUUUUUAAAUCUCGAUGCAAAAAUGCGUGAAAAAAUCGGGCCGGAACAUCAAGAACAAAGUGGGACGACAGCAGUAUGUGCUAUGAUUACGCCAACACAUAUGAUACUUGUAAAUCUCGGUGAUUCUCGAGCUGUUUUGUCUCGCCGUAAUGCGCCUACAUUUGGUACGGAAGAUCAUAAGCCAUAUAAUGAGCAGGAGCGUAGGCGCAUUGAAAAUGCUGGCGGUUCGGUUAUGAUUCAGCGUGUCAAUGGAAACUUGGCUGUUUCACGUGCACUUGGAGAUUUUGAAUAUAAAUCAGAAUCACAUUUAAAUCCUAGCCAACAAAUGAUCAGUCCAGAGCCAGAUGUAUAUGUAAUAGUCAGAAAUCGGGAAGUGGAUGAAUUUUUGUUGCUGGUUUGUGAUGGUGUCGUCGAUGUCAUGGAUAAUUCUGAACUCUGUCGUUUUGUGACUUCUCGUCUCAAAGUAACCAGUGAUCUUCAAGAUGUUGCUAAUCAGGUACUUGAUGCAUGCCUUUCAAAAGGUUCGAAGGAUAACAUGACAGUAAUAUUACUUUGUUUCGAAGUUGCACCGCAGAUCGAUCCAGAAGCAGUAAAAAAAGAAGAAGAAUGGAAAAUGAAAAUUGUUAGUCGAGUCGUCGGUAAUCUCAUAUUGCAUUUCAUACGAAUUUUUGCAAUAUUAGAAGAAAGUGGUAAUAAUGCAGUGGAUGCUGAAUCAAUUAUGCAUCAAUUGGUUGGCGAUGUUCUUCAGACUUGUCCACCCGAUGUGAAUUUUCAUUCUGCCCGUACUGUAGUUGAAGAUAUUCUUGCUUCACGAAACUUACCAUAA